CCGCUCUCAGCCGCCGCAGCACCGCUGCUAGUGGUCGGCACUCGGAGGAGCGUCCCGCCGCCAGCGGAAGGAGCCACAGCCGCUGCCCCCGCCUGACCAUGGACGAGGAGCUGAUCCUGGAGAGGUGCGAUCUGGAGCUGGAGGCCAAUGGCCGCGACCACCACACUGCUGACCUGUGCCAGGAGAGGCUGGUGGUGCGGCGCGGCCAGCCCUUCCCGCUGACGCUGCACUUCGAGGACCGCAGCUACGAGCCCACAGUGGACACUCUCACCUUCACUGCCGAGAACGGGCCAGACCCCAGAGAGGAGGCCGGGACCAGGGCCCGCUUCGAGCUGAAGGAUGCUAACACUAUGGACGAGGCUGGCUGGACGGCCUGCGUGGUGGACCAGGAGGACAAUGUCCUCUCGCUGCAGAUCAAGGCCGUGGCCAACGCCCCCAUCGGCCUGUACCGCCUCGACCUGGACAUCUCCAGCGGCACCCAGGGCUCCGGCUUUCAUCUGGGCUACUUCAUCCUGCUCUUCAAUCCCUGGUGCCCAGAGGACGCUGUGUACCUGGAGUCGGAGGAGCAGCGGCAGGAGUAUGUCCUCAACCAGCAGGGCUUCAUCUACCAGGGCUCUUCCAGGUUCAUCAAUAGCGUACCUUGGAACUUUGGACAGUUUGAAAAUGGGAUCCUGGACAUCUGCCUGGCGCUCUUGGAUGUCAACCCCAAGUUCCUGGAGAAUGCCGGCCAGGACUGCUCCAGCCGCAGCAGCCCCGUCUACGUGGCCCGGGUGGUGAGCGCCAUGGUCAACUGCAACGAUGACCAGGGCGUGCUGCUGGGACGCUGGGACAAUGACUAUAAGGAUGGCGUCAGCCCCACGUCCUGGCUCGGCAGCGUGGACAUCCUGCGGCGCUGGAAGACCUCCGGCUACAACCCUGUCAAGUACGGCCAGUGCUGGGUCUUCGCCUCCGUGGCCUGCACAGUGCUGCGGUGCCUCGGUGUCCCCACCCGAGUCGUGACCAACUAUAACUCAGCCCACGACCAGAACAGCAACCUUCUCAUCGAGUACUAUCGCAAUGAGUCCGGGGAGGUCCAGGGGAACGGGAGCGAGAUGAUCUGGAACUACCACUGCUGGGUGGAGUCAUGGAUGACCAGACCAGACCUCGAGCAGGGCUAUGAGGGCUGGCAGGCCCUGGACCCAACGCCCCAGGAGAAGAGCGAAGGGAUAUACUGCUGUGGCCCGGUUUCGGUUCGUGCCAUCAAGGAGGGCGACCUGAAGACCAAGUACGAUGCACCUUUUGUCUUUGCCGAGGUCAAUGCGGAAGUGGUGGACUGGAUCCUUCAGGAAGACGGGACCAUGCACAAGUCCAUCAACCGUUCCACAGUCGUGGGGCAGAAUAUCAGUACCAAGGGCCUGGGCAGCGACGAGCGGGAGGACAUCACCCUGAACUACAAAUACCCAGAGGGGUCCCCAGAGGAGAGGAGAGUCUUGACGAAGGCCAACCUCCUGAACAAACUGGAAGACAAGGAGAAGGAGGAGACAGGGGUGGACAUGCGGAUCCGCGUGAGCCAGAGGAUGAACAUGGGCAGUGACUUUGAUGUCUUUGCCCACAUCGCCAACAACACUUCCAAGAGCCACACCUGCCGCCUCCGGCUCCGUGCCCGCACUAUCAGCUACAAUGGCAUCAUGGGGCCCGAGUGUGCCACCAAAGACCUACUGAAUCUCACCCUGGACCCCUUCUCUGAGAAGGACAUUGCCUUCCGCAUCCUCUACAAGAAUUACGGUAACUGGCUGAUGGGGUCGAACCUCAUCAAGGUGCGGGGCCUCCUUGUGGACUUGCAUACCAACAGCUACCUGCUGGCCGAGAGGGACCUCUACCUGGAGAAUCCAGAAAUCAAGAUUCGGGUCCUGGGAGAGCCCAAGCAGAACCGGAAGCUGGUGGCUGAGGUGUCCCUGCGGAACCCGCUCACUGUGCCCCUGCUGGACUGCACCUUCACCGUGGAGGGGGCCGGCCUGAUGCAGAGGCAGAAGAUCAUACUGCUCUCAAAACCCCUGCAGCCAGGGGAGGACAUCAAGGUGAGAAUAGACCUGCUGCCGCUCCAGUCGGGCCGCCGCAAGCUGGUGGUGAACUUCGAGUGCGACAAGCUGAAGUCCGUGAAGGGCUACCGGAACAUCAUCAUUGGCCCCCGCUAAGGGGCCCUGUGCCCGGCCUCAGCUCAGCCUGCUGGGAGCCCCCAGCCUGACCCAAUCUUUAUCCCAAGCUAAUGAGCAAAAUUUGUCCCUUCUUGGGCCCCAGACCCCAGGGCGGGACGGGCUGCCUGUGGGGGCUCUUUGGCAUGGAAUGGACUUCUGGACUUUCUUGGCCAUAGCCCCUUGGAGCAGCCAAUAAAGGGCCAGUGGGCCCCUGGGCUGGAUGGAGGAAUUCAGCUAGACUGUGUCCUGUACCCCUCCCCCGGACUGCACCCAGGCCCCAGGGCCCUUGGGAGAGCCAGAGCCAGGUGGGGACACCCCAGCAGCCCUGGCCCAAUGUGAGGCACUUACUAUGUGCCAGGCACCUCCUGCACUUGCUGGCCCUCACUCACAGGGCUGCCGCCCCCUUAACCACCACGGGAAACUGCAGGGUGGGAGCUGCUUUCUGGAUGAGGAAACCAAGGCUCGGGGACAGGAGGGGCCCACCCCCACCAGUGGCUCGUGGUUACGUAUAAGGCCCAGAAGCAGAGCCCGAGCCUCUGACUCUGAGUCCAGUGCUCUGGCACAUCUCAGCCUGACCUGACAAUGUCACAGAGGCCAUUUGGCAUCUGCCCAGAAAAAGCCCAGAUGAGGCAAGGAGGUGGGGAGGGGAUUGGCGGUCGGGGGGUCAGAGCCCUGGGUUCAAGCCCCAGGUCUGGCCAGGCACGGCUUUCCCUCUCUGGGCCUCAGUUUCCUCACUGGUCAGAGGAGUGAUUAAACCGGCUCAUCUCUGAGGUCCCCUCAGCUCUGCAAUUCUGAUGCUUUUAUGUGGCCCAGCCGUGUGAAUAACCACGAGGCCCACUCCCUGCCCCACAGAGCCUUAGCCCCCCGGCUCAGGAUGUUUCUGACAGUGAAACCGUGACUGUGACCCCAUCCAGACCCCAGCCCUGUCCUGGUCCCCCACCUGUGCCCGGUACUUCCCUUCAGAUCUCAGCUCUAGGAGAGAAGAGCCAUGAAUGCCACUGUCCUACCUGUGGGCCUGCCUGUCACAACACCUGGCCUUCACGGGAGCCUUAGCUGUCCCUGCUGGUCACUAACCAGCAAGGUCCCCUCCUUGCAGGGCCUGGGCACCCAAACACAGCCCUUACCCCUGGGUCAACUUAGCGAGCCCAAGAAUUGUCACCUCUGAUUUUAUCUCCUGCUCUUUCUACAUGGCUGGGCACCCUCAGGCUGGAAGGAUUCUCUGUUGGGGUGAGGUCACAGCCUCCAGGGCGCCCAGAAUGCCAGAGAGGGACUUGGGGAAAAUCACGCUGUUGUGCUUAGAACUUUCUGCUUUGCACAGGGAAGAAUCACAAAAUCAGCCGACAUGUACAUUUUCUAUAUAAAUAUAGCUCUAUUUCUCUAUGAUUUUAUAAAACCUUCUGGGUUCCAAGCAGGCAGUAGAUGUGCUUCUGAACCACAAGGAGCAAACACUGAAAUAAAAGAGUUUAUUUUUCACAUUCAAA